AGGAAAAGGUACAGUCGCAGGCUGCGGUUUAAAGCUUUGGGCAGAGCGGAGGCGCUCAAUAUCUCGCGGCUCAAAUAAACAGUAGCUGCGAAGGGAGGAGGGAAGUACGGUAUAGAUAUAGCCAGUUUCUCCCUUUGGGUGAAAUAUUGUACAAACAUUAAGCUGGAAAAAAUAACCAUUUGCAGGAGAAGUUUACGAAAGCGGGAGAAUAAUUAGCCUUGCUUUGACCGAUUUAGCUCGCAAUCCUCCAGCAUGUCGGAGAGAGGAGGGCUCCCGCGGACUGGAGGUGCUCCGUCCCCGCACUUGCAGCCCUCCAAACCGGUGACGAUCACGUCAAAUCGACCGGUGCAGAUGAACCUGUAUGCGACAUGGGAAGUGGACCGAUCUUCACCGAGCUGCGUGCCCCGGCUCUUUAAUCUCACGCUGAAGAAGUUGGUGAUAUUGAAGGAGCUGGAUAAAGACCUCACCUCGGUGGUCAUCGCAGUCAAACUGCAGGGCUCUAAGCGUAUUUUACGCUCCAAUGAGAUCUUGUUGUCUUCAGCUGGACUGACAGAAACAGACCUGCAGCUCACAUUCUCUCUACAGUACCCACACUUUUUAAAGAGAGAUGCCAAUAAGCUGCAGAUCAUGCUCCAGCGACGCAAGAGGUACAAGAACCGCACAAUCCUGGGCUACAAGACGCUGGCACUGGGCCUGAUCAAUAUGGCCGAGGUGAUGCAGCACCCCAGUGAAGGGGCUCAGGUUCUGGGGCUCCACAGCAACGUGAAGGACGCCUCCGUCCCCGUGGCCGAGAUCCGCGUCUACUCCCUCUCCAGCCAGCCCAUCGACCACGAGGGGCCCAAGGCCAAGCUGUCCGCAGAUCGCUCCCCAGAUAUUGAUAACUACUCUGAGGAAGAGGAGGAGAGCUACUCAUCGGAGCAGGAAGGCAGUGACGACCCCAUUCAGGGUCAGUACCUGUUUGAUGAAGAGGAAGAGGUCCGCAAGAAGAAACCCCGCCGCAAACUGGCCUCCACAGCCUCCAUUGCCCGUGUUAAUCAACCCAACAUCAAGCAGAAGUUUGUGGCCCUUCUGAAAAGGUUUAAAGUGUCAGACGAGGUGGGGUUUGGGUUGGAACAUGUUUCCCGGGAACAGAUCCAAGAUGUGGAGGAGGAUCUUGACGAACUGUACGACAGUCUAGAGAUGUACAACCCCAGCGACAGUGGGCCAGAGAUGGAGGAGACUGACAGUAUCCUCAGCACCCCUAAACCCAAACUCAAACCUUUCUUUGAGGGUGUAUCCCAGUCGAGCUCGCAGACUGAGUUUGGCAGCUUGAGCCGGGACAUCCUUAGUCCUCAGGGGGAGCAGCCCCCAUCGGACAAAAUGAAGCGCUCCCGCAGCCGCAAUCUGGACGAUAACAUCUCAGAGACAGACACGCUGGAGCUGAACGAGGAGGAGAUGUUUGGAGACAUGGCUCCCAGCAUCACUGUUUCUGUUCCAGAGAAGCCAAGGACUCCCAUGAAGAGCCAAAGCCUGCCCUCUCCCAGGCUGGACGGUGGCCAGACCCCCAGGCAGAAGCGCAGUACUCCUCUGAAGGAGAGGCAGCUCUCCAAACCGCUCAGCGAAAGAACCAACAGCUCCGACAGCGAGAGGUCGCCUGAGCUCGGAUACACACCCCAGGUGCCCAGGAAAGCUGUGUAUGACCAGCUGAACCAGAUCCUCCUGUCAGAUGCGGCCUUGCCUGAAAGCCUGAUCCUGGUGAACAGCAGUGACUGGCAGGGCCAGUACGUGGCGGAGGUCCUGCAGGCGCAGAAGCAGCCGGUGGUUUGCACGUGCUCCGGAGCCGAGAUCCAGGCCGUUCUCUCCGCCGUCCUCACGCGGAUACAGAAGUUCUGUAACUGCAACGCCUCCGUGCCCCGGCCCGUUAAGGUGACAGCGGUGGGGGGUCAGAGCUACCUGGGGGCCAUCCUGCGCUUCUUCGUCACCCAGCUGGCCAAUAAGACGUCUGACUGGCUCGGGCACAUGCGCUUCCUGGUGGUGCCCCUGGGCUCGCAUCCUGUCGCUAAGCACCUGGGUGCCCUGGACAACCGGUAUAGCGCAGCCUUCCUGGACAGUGCCUGGAGAGACCUGUUCAGCCGCCUGGAACCCCCCCAGAACGAGGUUCUGGACGUGGCCGGCCGGAUCAGCCAGUACAUCAAUGGAGCCGUAGUCACUCACCAGCUGCCCAUCGCUGAAGCCAUGCUGACCUGCAAGCAUCGCAUUCUGGAUGAAGACUCCUACCAGAAGUUUAUUCCCUUCAUUGGGGUGGUGAAAGUUGGGCUAAUCGAACCGAGUCAGGCCUCUGCAGGGGGCGAUACUGAGGAGGGCAUGCCUGUCAGCCUGGCUGUCCCAUCCACCUCCCCUCCAUCUCACGGAUCUCCGACAGGCGGCGCAAAAGACGUGGUUGCAACCCCACCUUCCUCACCCUCCAUGAGCAGUGGGCUGACUGUACUGGGGAGCCCCAGCAUGUCCCACGGCGUGGACGCCAUCGGGCUGCAGGUGGAUUACUGGGUGGCGUCCGGGCCGGAGAAGAGGCGGGAGGGCGAGCGGCGCGAUACGGGCUCCAAGAACACCCUGAAGUGCGCCUUCCGCUCCCUGCAGGUCAGCCGGCUGCCAGGAGGGGGAGCCAGCGAGCCCCAGCUCCUGCCCAACACCAUGGCCAUGACGGUCGUCACCAAGGAGAAGAACAAGAAAGUUCCCACCAUAUUCUUGGGGAAGAAGCCGAAGGAGAAAGACGUGGACUCCAAGAGCCAAAUUAUAGACGGCAUCACCAGACUCAUCUGCUCUGCCAAACAGCAGCAAACCAUUCUGAAAGUUUCGGUGGACGGGGUGGAGUGGAACGAUGUGAAGUUCUUCCAGCUGGCUGCUCAGUGGCCCACGCAUGUCAAGUACCUGCCAGUGGGAUUGUUUGGGUACAGCAAGCCUUCCUCCUAGGAAGCACUUUUACUCUGCUUUCGCUGCACAGCCAAUGACCAGCCAUUUCACACUGCCGCGACCAAUCAGAGCUUCCUGAGCGAAUCGGAGCCAACCAGGGAGGCGGGCCUCUCCUUUUUUUUUUUUUUUGAUAGUUAAAGAUUUUGUUGGUAUGUUGUUUGUGUCUUGGAGGUGUGGACAGUUUUAUUUAUUUAUUUUUUUUGACUGAAGGGUUUCUUUUCUUUUUGGUUAUAUGGAACAUCUGUUUGUCCUCUGACAGCUAAAGUUCCAUCCACUGGAGAGGAGUGUGAAAGUUAUUAUUUAUUACAGGAAGUUAGAUUGCUGGGGCUGUUAUAGGAGAUUGAGAAGAACAGAACGUACCUGGCUGGAGAAACUGAACUCUGACACAACUAAAGGUCAAAGGUCAGAGGUCAACAAUAUGAAGGAGGAGCCGCUACACAAGGCCCUGCAUAGUAAGAGCCUUGUUGUGAUGGUGGAAAAAAAGGCAGGGGAGAGAGGAACCACAUUUGAUUGGUGCAAUGAUAUUGUGUUGAUAUUCUUGAAGAGCAUAAGCACAUAAAAAGGCACUUGCUCUGAAGUUGCUGUUUUCACCCUUGUUCUUUAAAUGCUUGCACUGAGUGGGGUGGUAUUUGUUGUUUUGGGGGUGUGGUACAGUCCUGCCAAAUCGUGUUGUAGUGCAAUCACAAUCCAGCUCUAGCAAUACUAAAGCGCUUAAUGGAGCUGAUUCAUCUUAUUAUAGUUAAGGAUUUAUUGAAUAUGUUACAGACAUCCACAUUAAUUUUACUACACUAACUAUAUCAACAUUGUAGUAAAAUAAAUAAUAGCUACAUGUAAUUUGUGAUAUAUAACAUCAUUUGUGACUACCCUGUUAUAUUUGCACAGAUAAGCUAUAUAUUGGUGAAGACACAAUAUUGAUAAACAUCUCUGAAUACAUAUUGAUGUAUGAUUAAUAAUCAAAUGUCUGUUGAUCAAUUGAAUAAAUCCCAUCCCUUAUAUCAGUCAUGUGCUGAUGCCAGUUUGGUCCUGCAGACACAUUAUGCAGGCUAGGUUGUAUAUAAUCAGAGAAGAUGGCUAAUAGCAGUGUCUUAACUCCUGGACAGCCAGUCCAAGUGAAUUUUCAGCUGUUCUCUAGGCCAGGGCUGCCAGACCCUGUUCCUGGAGAUCUGCCAUCCUUUAGGGUUUCACUCCAACCCUAUCAAAGCACGCACCUCAUUCAACAGCUAUAUAUCUUGAUGAGCUGCAAUGAAAAUGCAAUGAAAACCUACAGGACAGUAGAUCUCCAGGAACAGGGUUGGACAGCCCUGCUCUAAGCUAUAUAUAAAACACAGAACACUUAUCUUCUGAAACCCUUUGCUGUUCGAUGGUGUGAAUUGUACUUGACUGAAGAUGUCUAAAGCACUUCAGAUGUAGGCUAUUUUAUGUGACCUGUGCUUACAAAAUGAUAAUUAUGUAUUGUUAGUAAGUUUGAAGUCAUGCCUUCACCUCUGUAAAAGGCUAACUGUAUCCAAUAACUAAUAACUAUAUCCCAUUACAGAGGUGUUUCUCGUCCCACUGCACCACAAGCAUGUCUUAUUAAGAUACCAAAAUUGGUUUGGCUGAACUGUGCUGGCGUUUACAUCCUUAAAAUAUGGCCCAGAUCCCACCGGUAAUUCUUGUUUGACUAAUGAACAUUAGAAUCUAGAAGAGGUCCAGUCCUGAUCUAAGAGUAUCUUCAGAGUUCAGAACAAAGGCUUGCUCACCACCAUCAAAAGGGAGCCCAUAGCCAGUUGUAAAUUCACCAAAUGAGCCAGACAGUGGGCAUCGUCAGAGUGGAGAGAAUCCACUAUCCACUUGGUCCACUAUCACAGCAGGAUCUCCACUAUUUUAGUGCUGACCGGACUAAUUCAUCAACUAAUGUAUUAGUUACUGAAAAUGCAUUUUUAGUGAGUAAGUACAUGCAUCUGUUGGACACAACAAAGUGGAGUGAUAGUGAAAUUUCCAUUACUCCUCCAUUAGGCGGAUGUGCUAUAAAGACCAGAGGACUGCUUUUGACCGCACUCUGCUCUGUCAGUCAAUCAGUCAUUUAGUCCGAUAAGCUAAGCCUACUCUGUUUCCGUAGUACAACUGAGCUUGGACUAUGGAGUAAAUUAUUCUGAAAUAUGUGGACACAUUAGGCUGCAUGAAUUGCUUAUUAAUCACUGAAGAGGAGUAACUAUCAGAUGCAGGAUACAGAGGAGAACAGGCUUUAAAUAAGACCAGGGUCCACAGUAGAGUCUGGACCAAAGGAGACCUGCGUCUAGAAGUACUGGUCAGGGUGUGACGUUCUUUCUCAUACACCCAAAAAGAGUGUGUUGAAAUUGAUCGUGGAUUCUGAUGCCAUCUGCGUAAAGAUGACCACAGAAUACCUGCUAGAACCAAAGACCUGGCUGACAGAAAACUGUAGAGAAACAGGAGAAAGAGAAAGUUUUAUUUUUCAAAGGAAGAGGGGGAAAGUGUGGAAGUGGGCUGCCAGUGUUCCGAAAGCCUCCAAGCUCUCAUCGGUGGAACGGAUCCGGACCCAAACCGGUCCAGUGAUCCACAUAAAUCGGACAUGCUCAUUUUUUGGCCUGAUUUUAGUUACCUUCAUUUCUCCCUUGUGUUUUAAAAAAAUGUAUCCAGUGUUUGGCCGUAGUCGCUAAACUGGUGUUGGGGGCCAGGGCUUCCUCUGUGUUUAGUUACGGCAUGAUAUUCAGUGUUUAACCUGAAGCACAAGCUACUGUGGUUGUCGAUGUUACCACGUGUAUCAAGUGUUGGGAACCUAUGAGCAUAACUCCUGCAGGGGGUGCCGUAGGAGGUUUUCUUCUAAAUGGAUGGUCAACAAAUAGUCAUAAAUCCAUCCAAAAAAACUAAAACAAAAGACAUGAUACCAUUGUGUUACGUGACACACUUUACUAGCAAGCUAACGGUAUCUUAUGCUGUUGAUCCAAUGCUACCACAGAAAAAAAGGACAUCUGUGCUUUUUGUGUGUAAAAUCCUGUUCUGUAAAGUUCCUAGAGACCAAUGCUGAUCGGUCUUAUUGGUCUGUGGUGACUGUGGCCUUUACAUCUUCAUAAAUUGUAAGAAGGAAUUAAACUGUGUUAGAUACAAAUAUGCAUUUAUUAUAGCCAGUUCUUGCCUCCCUGACUGGGAGAGAGAGCCUUGUGCUGUGUCAAGUGUUAUUAAAAUCAGUGAAAAUAAGGGGUCUAUAUUCUAAGUGUUACCUAAAGUAUUAAGGGGGAUUUACAUUGUUAUUGCAAUUGUACUGUCGUAAUGUAACUGUCAAAUAAUGUCCAGUCAGUAGCAUAAAAUGGCUCAAGCUUCAGGCAGUUCAGCUCCACUGCUUCAGUUAGUUCUGAAGCUUUCAAUCCAGUUAAAAAACCACCUGAGACAGUUUUUCUGAAGCUGACAAGCAGAUGUUUAGGGGGUGGAGGAUUGGGGGUGGAAUGGGAUUGGUGGCUUACCCCCAUUAGAGAUCGAUGCUUUAGAUCUCUUCCUCUCUCUCACCCAAUCACAGUUGGAAUUGGGGUGACCCCAUGUGUUAGAGCUGUUUUGUGGGUUUGCUGAUCGAGCUAGGUCGUGUCUCCGCUCCUUCUGUUGUCUCAUCAGCAGAGCAUAUGGACUGUUGCCAGGGUUGUGAGAGCAAGGCUUCACAAGCCCCGGGAAUCGAUGGGUGGAGGUAUAAUUUGAUGUAAAAUAAUCACUGUCAUUGAUGGGAGUCAGUGACUGAUGUCACAAUGAAGCGCCGCCCAUUGCGGGUUUCGAGGGGCCUCAUGAAAUCUCAUGGGCUGUUAUAACAGCUAGUGCUCUUGCCUUGAGAAGAGAUGAAUUGUGGGAAACCCUAUAGAACUGUCACAUUCAAACUGCUACUGAACUGUGCUGUGAGGACCAACAUUACACCAAAAUGUUGACUGAAUGAGUCGCAGGUUACAAACAUAGCAACCUUUAAAUUUUCAAGGUACAGGGAAUCUUUCCAAAACAGGGAAGGCAGAAUUUGUGAAGGAGGUAGCCCUCCACUGCCAAAAAGUAAUGUACUACUGAUUUUGAAAUGGGUGGGGUGGGCAGUUUCCUGUGAUUGUGAUAGAGGGCUGUUACUAUAAAUGUUAAGUGUUUUGUAAAAUUGUUCUUGUCUCAAAGAAGAAAAAAAAGUAAAGGUCAAAUGUGAUUUCCUUUCUGCAGUAUUCCUGCUAAUUUAAUCCUGUUUUAUUUGACAGGGUCUGAAAAUGCAGUACACUCUAUAAAUGCUUCUUCUUCUUUGGUUUCUGUCCUUUCCCUCGUUCCUCCCGAAGUUGUUCCUCCUUACCUGGAAUAUGUCCGUCUCUGUGAGAUAAAGCAGUUUUUUUCCAUGGCAAAUGCCGAAAUGAUGCACCCAGUCGUUCUGUGUAAUUUCAGUUUUCUAACCUGCUAUCUUUGAGCUGCAGUACAAAUAGUGUCAGAAUGUUUGUCAUUUAUGCUAUUUUGAGUCCGUUGCAUGAGGCGUUCAGUUAAUUUACAAAUGGCUGUUUUGGACAGUAAGGCACAGCCUUCUUGAGCACCUCCUUUAUCACAAUGGCCUGAUCGACAAUCUCUUGUAAUGUGACAAAUUACCAAAAAAAAAAAAAAAGACUGAAUAUAACAACACUGAAUAUCGUCUUUUACUUUUAUGUUUGCUUCAAUCUUAGUUCUUUGAAACACACCUUAAAUAUUGAAGUUGUUUUGCUCCAAGGUUCUUGGAAGAAGUAUUUUUGCACAUGCUGAUGUCUCUCCAGGCUUACGUGGCUGCCUGUUGUAAUGCUUGUACAUAUAAUACAAUCACAAAAAACAAGUGUGUGUAAAAUAGCUUUGAGUACAUUCUUGUAUUGAUUUCUUAAUAUUGAUUUGUUUUUUGUAAUACGGCUUUAUGGUCAUUUAAAAAUUGAUCACAGUUGUAAGUGGAAGUGACCUUCAGUGCUUGAACCAUCAGAAAUAAAAUAAGUAAUCUUGA